CAAAUGCGAGAUUGGCGGAUGUGAAGGCUUGAGCAGAGGAAGAGCGAAGCCUGCCAGUAGGAGUACGUGUGCAUCCUGUCGUUAGCAUUAGGUUACUUGGCUAACUGUACUUUUCAAUUGGAGUCGCAAAUAUGGUGCUUCUUGAAAACGACUCGUUUCUAACAGAGCUGACACGUUUGUUCCAGAAGUGCAGAUCCUCUGGUAGUGUCGUCAUCACAUUGAAAAAGUAUGACGGGAGGACAAAGCCGGUACCCAGAAAAGGCCACUCGGAGUCUUUUGAGCCAGCAGACAAUAAAUGCCUUCUCAGGGCUUCUGAUGGCAAGAAGAAAAUUAGCACAGUGAUCAGCACCAAAGAAGUAAUCAAGUUUCAAAUGGCAUACUCCAACCUCCUGCGAGCGCACAUUGAUGGCUUGAAAAAGAAAGACAAGAAGAGCAAAAGCAAGAAGACCAAAGCCACUCAAUGAGCAAAAGACUCAGAACCUCAUGAACUGAUCCCAUUCCAGUCUAAGAAUAUGGGAGUGGGACCCUCUCCUGUCAGUCAGCCCACUCAAUCCUUGCUCACACACCCAACGACAACUUCGAUAUUUUUGCCACGAUCGCAUGUCGUGACGACUGCUCUGUGCCAUCUAGGAGGAUUUGUCAUACUGCGCAAAUCGACGUCAGGAGCCAAAUCCAGUCAGUCCGGUGCUUUUUUUCUUGUUGAAUGGCUACCCUUCCUAUUUAUGUUCAAAUUAGGAUUGUGAAAGCAGUCACUUUUUAUAUUUGAAAUACUUUUAGAGGAUUAUUUUGAAAUGUAUUGCUUUGUGAGAAACAAUGCAUGGUAUCCCAAGUUUCAAGUCAUUUUAUUUUGAUUAUGUAAUAAAUACAAUGGUUAUAGUCUCCAUGUAGAAACCUGAAGCUGCCACACCUGGCCUGCUUUCUUUGUUAAAAAAAAGAAGAAAGAAAAAUAUAAGUUCAUUGAAAAUGUGAAUCCAAUUUUGGAAUCGAGCUAAAUUGCAAGUAUGAGAUGUACUGAAAUCUUCUGGACAGGAAAUCCAGAGCGCCCUAGGCAGCGUGCCUCGUCGGGCCCACAGCAGAAUUUAAGUUCACUAAUAAAGUGCCGUGUUGGAAAAA